CCGAAACUUCUCUUACCUGACGUCGGAUCAUGAGGAUAUUGAUUGACACGGCCGAACAAAAAUGACGAUCAAGGCGAUUAGGGCAGUUGCAACCGGCCAGAAUGGCGUCGGUUCAUUCAUUCUCCAGUGCAAGAAGUUGGACUUUCACUACUGCGACUGGGCUGGAAGCUCCAAGGGCAUGAACGGCUUCAUCAAGUCCCUCCUCCCGAAAUUCGCGACCGCCAACCCCCAAGUCGAGUUCGCCAUCUCGCCCCGUCCCGGCAAGCACCCCGUCAUUAUCGGACACUACAUUAACGGCCGAACGAAGCCCAUCUGCGUGCGGAACCUGUCGCCCUACGAGAUUCUGAAGAAGGCGGAGCUGCUGCGGGAUGCCAACGGAGAGCAGUUGAAGCGUCACAACCGGGCGGUGACGAGCAGCCGGCCCAGUGUCCGAGGUAUCUGGUCACCAUACCACGGCAAGGGAAUGGUGGUAUAGAAUGGUCAAGCGGCUUAGAUCCGUGUACGUAUAUAUGUAUCAAAUUGGGGGGCGUCACACAGCAUUGGGUUGCGAAGAGAUUGUACGAUUUAGAGUCAUGAAUCUCAGAACUACACGACUAUACCAUGAGCGAGAUGAAUCUGGCACACCAUUACAAUUACGGAAGGGACCUUUCACAUUAAUAGCGCGGACAAUCAUUGCAAUGCCGCGAGCACAUGUGCCGAUUAUGAGGGCUACUAGCACGUCAUAGGAGGCCUGGUAUGUAUGUCGGUUCCAACGCUUACCAACA